CUCGAUGCUAUCGGGGGCAAGUGGCACGAAGAUGGUGUGGCCGCGCCGGUUCUGGUCGCGCGCAGCCAGUGGCACGCGCUCUGCGUGCGUCGAGCCUGCUCAGCGCCGUCGGUCGUGCCAGCUGGCCAGCAAAAAAGAAGACGGUCUCGAACCGCAGACCCCUGAUUUCUGGCCGACCCACCCUCUGACAAGCUGAGUCUUGUCCUCCUGUGUCCACAAUUCCAGCCUCAAGGCCAGAAGCGGGACUUGGUCUGCCGGGGAAUCUUCACCAUUCAAAGAAAUCAUGACAAUGAAUGGUGACAGCAUGCAGGACCUUGUGAGCACACCACCAAUGCACCUGAUGGACUUCUGCUCGAUGCCUGUGCAAUACGAGUGCGUAGUAGCACCCAUGCCCACACACUAUGGGCCUUCGUCGGGUGCUGCUGCCUCUCAAAUGGCCACACCACCACAACCUCCGUUUCCACCAGUGAAUUCGGUGGUAGGGCCAGCACACAACACACGCUCCAAGCGGGCCUCUAUGGAGUCAUGCAUGCGACCCCAGUGCUAUGUCUGUGGCAAGAAGUUUGAGAACCCCAUGCAUCUGCACACCCACAUGGAGCUUCAUGCACCAUUUACGGGGGAGGGUCAGCCAAUGGUGUCUGGAGACAACAGCAAGAUGCCCCCACUGUCACUGCUGCCCAACCCACCACCACCUCCGCCACCACCACCGCCGUCUCGUCGCAGCUCUUCAGGCAGGGGCUCCCAUCAGGGAACACUGCACUCCUGCUACAUAUGCACCAAAAAGUUUAAGCAGGUGGGCCACCUGAACAACCAUGUGCGACUUCACACGGGUGAGAAGCCAUACGAGUGUCAGGUGUGCAAGAAGAAGUUCACCCAGAGUGGCCACCUGCUGAGCCACACGCGCAUGCAUACCAACCACAGGCCAUACGAGUGCAAGUACUGCAACAAGAGCUUCACCCAGAGUGGUCACCUCAACAACCACGAGAGGCUGCACUCGGGUGAGCGGCCCUACCAGUGCACCGUCUGCUCCAAGCGAUUCACCCAGAGUGGCCACCUGUCCAACCACAUGCGCCUCCACUCGGGCGAACGUCCCUUUGAGUGCCAGGUGUGCACAAAGACCUUCACUCAAAGCGGGCACCUGAACAACCACAUGCGCCUUCACACGGGCGGACGUCCACACUCGUGCCCGGUGUGCCAGAAGCGCUUCACCCAGACGGGCCACCUAAGCAACCACAUGCGCAUGCAUACAGGCGAGCGCCCCUACGACUGCCUCAUCUGUGACAAGGCCUUCGCUCAGAGUGGACACCUGGCCAGCCAUCUGCGCUCACACCAAGGUCUCACCUUGGGUGCAUCAAGCACGUCCUGCACAGGACGAAUGGGCGGCAUUCCACCACCACCGCGGCCAGCGCCACACAUAAUCAAGUUGACUCCAGCUGCUCAAGGAGAGGAACAACAGCAGCAGAAUGAAGAGAAGCAACAGCAAGAAGAGCAACAACCAAACCAGCAUCAGCAGCUGCAGCAGCACAUGCUGCAAGGUUUGCCCGACACCAUGCAUUCAGAUGAGACUCCCCAGAAAGGAGCUUGGAAACCCAGUGAACAGAGUGCAGGCAUACAGAUGGCCUGCAGGCCUCCUGUGGUGGUGCCACAGGAGAGCAUGCCAACUUUGGAACCAGUGUUGGCAUCUAUGAUUGAAAGGCAGCAGUGCGGGAUCCAGACUAGCAUGCCAGGAGAUGUGGUGGUGGUGGAAACACAUGCUGGCGUGCCACACGAAAUGCAAGUCGAGGUUCAGAGGGACUCUCAUCACCCUGGCAAGUUGGCCAUGCAGCCCCAAGAUGUUGCAAACAUGCGGGCUCGCAUGCAAGUGCAUGUGCGUGCAAAUGUCUCGGCUGAAAUGCAGACAAGAGUGCGGGCAGAGCUGGAACCGCACCUAGACUGCCAACUCGACUUGGCACAAGACCCGAGGUACCACUUGGAGUCUGAUCCACCUCUCUACCCACAAUACGACUCUGAGACAGAAACUGAUGACAGUGAUGACAGCGACACGGAGACAGAUCCGCAGACCCUCUAUGACAUGAUGAACAUGUCUAGCACCAGCUUAGAGACUUGACAGCGGCUCACCUUAGGUCACUUUAUAUGGUAAUUUGAAAAGUUACACCAUACCACGACUGCCUAGUAGCUGCUGUAGGAAGGAAGCAAAACAAGGUGGAAAAGGUGCAAGCAUCUGCAAGGCAGUUCAUGCAGCAGCUGAACUUUGCAGUGUCUGGAUAUGCAGAUGCAUGUAGAGCUCCCUGGACUGAAACAUUGUUUUGACAUUUUAAAUGUUGCUCUUGUUUUUUUUUUAUUAUUAUGCACUAAUAAAGCUUUAGCUUAAAUUAGUACAAAAAACUGCCUAUAAACAUGACAUGUAUUUUCACAAACCUCUGUUAUUAAUAUUAAACAGCCACAGCAAAAAAUUACCAGCCAGUGGACAGAAAUUUUGGGCAUAAUCUGCCUUCAUGCUUUUGUCAGCAAGCAUUUAAGCAGCAGCAUGGUAUUUUUUAUAAUCAUGGCUGCAUGAGACAUGUAGUAGGUUAGCCAGAAUUUUUGUUGUUGUUGAUAAACGAGAUGGAAAUGUCACACAGUGUUGCCCACUAUGUGAUAUGACAUUUGAACCAGCUCCUCAAAUGUAAAAAGGAUUUUUAACCAUAUGCAAAUAUGUAUAUAUACACAGGAACAUUUUGUUUUGCACAUGCAGGUACCACAUUAUAUGUAGUCGUGCAACAUCCAUCUCCUACCUAAUAUGUGCAUGCCUACACUCACAUUCAUACAUUUAUUCUGUCACAUGUACAACAAGUUUUUCAAUUUUAUGACAAAUGUAUCUGUACCAGUAGUUUUCACCAGCCUACAGCUUGCUGUACCAUUUGUAUACUGACUACGUUUUGCGACUUUCUGAUCAGUUUUGUCACACCAAUGUCGUCACCGUGACAGUAAUAAAAAUAGACCAUGCAGGCA